AUGUUUAUGAACAUAGCACCUUACUACCCGGCACAAGAUCUCCGGGGAGAAGAAGUCGUUCUCGAUCAUCCGUACUCAAUUGUAUUCCACUUUUGGGACGAAUUACAACGGGAUCUGGCCGCAUUUCGGGCUUUCUAUUUCAAAUCGUUCCAAUCCGAGGUCGAGAUGCAUGCGCAGAAGUGUGCAAGUUUUGACUACUUGUGGCUCCUCUUCGGGCCUGGCACGAUUGUGUUUAGACAAGACGAUCCCAAAGAAGGAGGACAAUUUCCCGAGUAUGUAGUGGAGCCAAUGAACUAUCUGUGUAAGGGUAAGGCAUCUUCGAGCUCUGAUAGAGCGUCCUCUGCGGGCAAGUGGGAGUGGUCGUUGUGGGAUCUCGGCUACAGCGACGGCAAGUUGAUCACACAAAGGUACCCCUUUUUUCAUUAA